AUGCCACGUUCAUCGGCCACGGCUAGGAAGAGUCAUAGCAAUCGACAAGAUCAUGGCCCCGGCGGUUCUGGGAAGAAGCCAAGCAAACAAAAAUCGAGCGGGCAUCUAAACGCGAGUUAUAACGGCGCCGCUACAUCGGAGACCGGCCCUUCCUCCCAGGUCGACUGGCCAUCGCAUCGUUCCGGAGACCAGACACCUGCAGCCAAAGUCAACGGCCCAAUCGAGAGCUCGAAAGCGGAAAGUAACGGACGUGGAUAUCUGGGCGGUUAUGCGAAGGGAAAUGCAGAUAUGUCAUAUGGCCAAACGAACGGUGCUGCGGCACCGAAUUGCGGACUCGCCGGGCAUGCUUCACGCCGUACGGACAAGUCGAUUACCGGGACCAAGAGGACGACCUCGAAUGCAUCUGUGAACCCCUUCCAAUUGGCAUCCACCAUUCUCAGAUCUUGCCCGAUGUACGACACUAUCGCCAUCCUGAUCUUUCUGCUGCAACUUCCGCCUAUGGUUCUUACCCUGGUUCAAUUCUUGUUUGCAUCCUUGACUUUCAUGCCUCCCAGCGGCACGUCCGCUGGUUCUUUCACCUCCAACUUCGAUAUCUUUCAGGGUCCCGCUGGAACCCCUUCGCUCGGAACAAUGAUCGCGAUGGACGGUGUCUGCCUACUGGUCUGGGGUCUUUUUAUGUGGACGUGGGCUCAGAACUUUGCUCUUGAUUUAGCUCAUGUUCAGGUCGCCAUAACCCUAGGCGGCGGAGGCGCAGGGAAAAACGGAGGUGUCAAUGCUCUUUGCGUGGGUAUUGUUCUGAUUCUCCACCUCAUACGUAGUAAAGGCAUACAGGAUUUCGUGAUCGGUCACCUCGUUUCUGCGAAAAUAAUCAGCCCCGACUUACUGUCGCAUUAUUCUUACCUCAUGCCGGCCGAGUUCAAGCGCACCGACUCGCAAUCAUCUCCGAGCUGGAUCCGGAGUUUGCUUGCUGUACAUAUUUUGGCCCAGGCAGGCACCGCAAUGGCGAGGCGAUCGAUGACGAAAAACAAAGCUCAGACCCCCUCUCGUUCAGGAAAGCGCGUGGAUACGGAAGCGUCUGCCGGUUCUCAAACACAAAUCGAUUCGGCCUUUGAGUCUGCAGCUAGCGUCUCAUCAUAUCUAGGACCUGACGGCCAGAUUAUCACGCACAAGGACGGCAGGGAUCGACUGAUUUCGGCGAAGAAGCGAAGAAGACAGGCGAAUCAAGUCCGGAGCCGUCAGCCGUUUUGGGCUGCACUAGCAAGCACAAAGGUGACGGUUAUGAGGGAAUAUGAACAUUCUAGGGCCUUGUCAAAAACUACUAAGGGACUCACAACGACGGAAGAUGAUAUUCAAGGCGUUUCUUUGGAUGAUGGACUUGUUUGGAUUACCAAUGUGGACAGUUCGACGAUCAAAUUCGCAGCUGGGGAUUUUGCCUCCGCAGACGACAUUUCCGGGACGGGUGCUUGCGAAGCGGGGAAUCUGGGAAGCGAUGAUACUGAACCAUUCUACGUUUGUGUUAAUGGUGCCCCAUGGGCAACGGCGACAAUAAGCAAGGAGCACGAUCCUUCGAAAGGAUCCAAUACUGUUUAUUGGCGGGGCGAGGUCUCAGGUCUUGCUCCCAAUUGUGCCUAUACCUGCUCUUUUGUCAAAAGCGAUACCGAUGAGGAAAUCUGCGCCAUGAGUGUCAAGACACCCCCGGCCAAUGACGCAGAACAAGCCAACUCGGUACCGACACCACAACAACCGUCUUAUCGACCAUCCUCUCCAACCACGACGCUAAAGAACUCCAUCAUUAACGCCGAAGCGAAACUGAAUGAAAAGCGCUCGCGACUCAGAAAGGCCAAAAACGAUCACAAGCUUGCUAUCUCUAAGAUUAGAAAGGAACUGGACAACUUUAACAAUCGUCUUCAAAGCGGUACGGAUGAGAACAGGCAAAAGCAACGCUCGCUCCAGCUGGAAAGAACCAUUCGACAAACCGAGGAUGCCACUGCUGCUUUGGACACCCAAAUCGACAACCUCGGCAAUAUUCCGGACGAUGAAUAUCAAGAAUGGUCUGAACAGAAAGCCAAAUACGAACAGGAGCUGGAGAUUCUCAAGUCGGCCAAGGCAGAACUUGCUGCGGCGCGAACUGCUAAAGCCCGCGAUUUGUCUUCGCUGGAGUCUGAGUUGACAUCUACCGCUCAAAGGCGCGAACGUCUCCAGGGUCGACGAACCAGAGUGAAUGAACAGUACGAACGAAUCAUUUCCGCCAACGCCCAGGGCCUGAACGAGCGAGAGCGUCGCGCCGCGGAGCAGUUUGCCCGAGAACAAGACCAGGCGAAGCUGGAGAUGAGUUUCAAUGAACAAUUCGCGAGCAUUUCCCAGUCGGUCCAGGAUUACCAAGUCCGCACUAGUCAAUUGUGGCAACAGUGUACCGCCGUCGAACAAGCUAUCCAACAACAGCAAAUUCUCAUGGAACCAGCUCCGCUCACUCCCGAAGGCGAGCUGCCAGGUACCAGUACGUUCACAGACGCACCAAGCAUGCCUUUGGGCUCCUUAGCAACCAAUAUCCCCAACCACCGCUCGUUGCUAGGCCAGAGCUUUUCCACUCUCAAGUCCAGUCCACUUCAACAUGCGUCCUCUCCAGUUGGUACUGCGCCCUCUAACCCGACAAGUCCAAUCGCGGCGCCAUCGUACAAUGGCUUCUCUGGUUCUCCAUUCGGCAAUACGGUUUCUUUUCUCGACCCAGACUUCGUUUACCGUGACCGCUCGUUCUCUAACAAGUCCGCGCGGAGCAGCGUCUACGGCUCCGAGUUUAUAGACAACGCGACAAGCCGCCGUAUGCCGUUCGGACUUGACCCUUUCGAACUCGGUAACGAGAACCGACGCGGCUCCGGAUCCGACAGCAACCCACUCAACGCCCCUGGACUGCGACCCAUAACCAGUCCCUUCCAGCGGGCCGCCAGUCGCGCAAGUGGAACCGGAAGCGGUGCAAGCGGAGGAAGUGGUAGCGGCAGCGGCAGCCCCAGCUCUGCACGUGAAAAAGGAAACUGA